AUGUUGGGGGAAAUGAAUCUGGUUCUCCUGUUUGUGUGUUUCUCCGGUACUGACGCCAGUAUUUGGGCCUGGAUGCUCAACAUGCCUCACGGCCCUCCCAAAGACGGAGCUAAACCUCUUGGAGAGAACUCUCCUGUGGCCAAAGCACUCACAACUGAGUGCGACAGCGACAGAACUUGUGGACGCGGUUUCUCGUGUGAUCGUCACUUCGGUCUUUGUGUGCCUUUACGUGGAGAGGGUCAGUACUGUAGGAGGGAUACUCAGUGUGUCCGUGGACUCCUCUGCAUGUUUGGCGAGUGUCAUCGCAGCAUUCCCAAUGGACAAGAGGGCUCCAGGUGCAAAUCUGACAGAGACUGUGGGCCUUUGAUGUGUUGCGCUCGACAUCAUGGCGAGAUGGUGUGCAAGAAGCGCCUGGCUCGCCAUGAGAGUUGUUAUGUUCCUGAUGGUGGCCUGGCGUUCAGCAUCAACCAGAUCUGCCCGUGCGAGGAAGGUCUGCUGUGUCGGGAAAACAGCAGGCAGAACCGCAGAGAGUGA